CUUUACGACCAAAGUGAAAAAACAGCAACCAAGAUGAAAGUAUUCAUAAUUCUGGCUCUUGCCAUUUAUGGCACCUCCGCUUCAUUUUCCAAUGAAUUUGUUGAAGAAAAAUGGGAAAACUUCAAAAAAACCCAUGAAAGAUCUUACGUCAACGUCAAGGAAGAAGCUUUCCGCAAACAGAUUUUCCAGAAAAAACUAGAACGCAUUGAAGAACACAAUGAAAGAUUCAAUAAAGGCUUGGAAACCUACACCAUGGGUAUUAAUAUGUUCGCCGACAUGACUCCCGAAGAAAUGAGACCAUACACCCACGGUCUGAUCGAACCUGCAGUAAUGCCUAAACCUCUCAUUGAAAUCAAAUCUCGAGCUGAUCUCGGUUUGAAUGACAGUGUCCAAUUCCCAGCUAGUUUCGACUGGAGGGAUAAAGGAAUGGUCAGCGAUGUGAAAAACCAAGGAGGUUGUGGAUCCUGCUGGGCUUUCUCCAGUACUGGCGCUAUCGAAUCGCAAGUCAAGAUCGCUAAAGGCGCCAACACCGACAUCUCCGUCAGUGAGCAACAACUCGUGGACUGCGACACCGCCGCCGACGGCUGUUCGGGAGGCUGGAUGACUGACGCCUUCACCUAUGUGGAGCAAACCGGAGGAAUCGACUCUGAAGCUUCUUAUCCUUACCACGGCGUCAAUGAAAAAUGUCACUUCAUGUCCGACAAAGUCGCCGCUAAACUUAAAGGUUAUGCUUAUCUGACCGGUCCGGAUGAGAAUAUAUUGGCCGACAUGGUCUCGAGUAAAGGUCCAAUUAGUGUUGCUUUCGAUGCUGAAGGAGAUUUCGGUUCUUACAGCGGUGGAGUUUAUUACAAUCCCAACUGCGCUACAAAUAAAUUUACCCAUGCUGUACUCAUCGUCGGAUAUGGUAAUGAGAAUGGGCAAGAUUACUGGUUGGUGAAAAAUUCGUGGGGUGGUAGUUGGGGCGACCAUGGAUAUUUCAAAAUUGCUCGUAAUCGUGAUAACCACUGUGGUAUUGCCAGCAAAGCAAGCUACCCACUCUUGAGUUAAAGUUUAUAAAUAUAAAACAAGGUGAUACAAUAAUUUAAAAAAAUGAAAAAAAAACAAUAUUUGUUUGAAUUUGUAUUUUAAUAUGAUAUAUGUUUUGAGAAAAAUAUAAACAAUUUCUCCUAAAUAAAAACUAA